GUGUGAAUUUUUUGCAGUUGGUUGACGGGCGACGAAACAUCAUGGCGUUAACGGAUACAGAACCGAUGUCACGUUUGUUGAAAUUGGCGAAGAAAUUCAACUGCUUCUACCUGUCAGGGCUCCAUGCAGGCGAUUGCAGGGCAUUCGUUGUCGAUGGCCAACAAGUUGGUCUUGUUCGGCCCGACGUGAUGAAAGAACUUCUCAGCUACCCGCAGGUAUUUCAAGUACAGCCAGAAUAUGUGCAACUGAAUCCAGCAUUCAGGGAUUAUGCCGAAAGAAGUGCAAAAAUGGAGGAAGUUCUCAAGGAAUGGCGAGACGGUGGGAAAUUCGUCACGCUCAGAGGUUGGCGCGAAGAAUGCUAUGAAGUACGCGCCCAGUUCAACACCCAGCCAUUAUUCAAGAUGGACCGUUCAGCUACCUGCUUAUUUGGAAUUCGGAAUUAUGGUGUGGAUAUAACAGGAUAUGUUAUGGACCGUGAAAAAGGAUUAUCGAUCUGGCUACAAAAGCGGAGCCCGACAAAACAGACGUGGCCAGGUUAUUGGGACAACAUGGUGGGUGGUGGAUUAAGCGUUGGCUAUGGUAUUCAUGAAACUGGAAUUAAAGAAGCUGGAGAGGAAGCCAGUAUCCCCACCAAACAUCUUGGAAAACUGAAGAGUGCUGGAUGCGUAUCAUUCUUCUUUGAAAGCGAGAGAGGUCUCUUCCCUAACACCGAAUUUGUUUACGACCUUGAAUUACCACCAGAUUUUGUACCGUGUAAUGGCGACGGAGAAGUAGAGACCUUUGAACUUCUACCUGUCAAGGAAUGCUUGGAGAGAGUACUUUCACCAGAAUUUAAAACAACAUCUGUACCGGUCGUGCUAGACUUCUUGAUCAGACAUGGCUACAUCACCGCAGAAAAUGAGCCUAAUUUCAUCAAAAUUGUGGAGCUCCUACAUGUACCACUGCAGACUAUAUAUAGUCAACCACAAAGAAAGUAUAAGAUAGAAGCUAACGGUGAAGCGAAUAAUUCUCUAUAAAGGGCUUAGGCUAUAAAUAGACACUAAUUUCAAUUGAACCAAGGCUGAAAUUUCAGAAAGUUGAAUGAAAUUAUUUUCAAUCAUGCUUUAUGCCUGUUUCAAGGUCUAGAGUACGUCAGCUUUUCGCACAAAUUCUCACGUCAUCAGCAAUAGAGUACCAUUUUCAAAAGCGUUUACGUAUUUCCUCCAAAUUAUGUAACACUUAUGAUGCCUGGUCUAUGAUAUGAAAUAAUGCAAAACCAACGUGUAAUUUGUUCAAUUCGUUGUUAUCAUCUACUCAAAUGAAUUGGACGGGA